UGGAGCUGCCCGAGUCGGAGCGGAGCUGCUGUUCUCAGCUGCAGCCGGGAUCUGCUCCCGGCCCCGCUGGGAUCCAGACAGGCUGCAGAAUGACGUCCAUGUUUUGCUCCAGCUCAUCCCAGCCUGGCAUGGGACAGGGAAGAGAAAUGGCUGCAGUGGAGUCAGUCCAGGGGCCGGUGACCUUUGAGGAGGUGGCUGUGUAUUUCACCAGGGAAGAGUGGGCUCUACUGGACCACGCUCAGAGAGCCCUCUACUGGGAUGUCAUGCAGGAGAACUAUGAGACGGUGGUCUUGCUGGGCCAGAGAAUAACAUCCAUGUUUCGCUGCAGAUCAUCUCGUCCUCCCAGGGGCAAGGAAAUGGCUGCAAUGGAGCUGGCUCAGGGGCCGGUGACCUUCGAUGAGGUGGCUGUGUAUUUCUCCAGGGAAGAGGGGACUCUGCUGGACCCCACUCAGAGAUCCCUCUACAGGGAUGUCAUGCAGGAGAACUUUGAGACGAUGGUCUUGCUGGGUCAGGAUUCCUGUCCCUUCUGUUCUUGGAAGGGGAAAUGAAGAGUGAAGGUUCAUGCCACCCCCACAAUGCCAUCUGUACCCUGUCCUGUUUCAGCAUCACCCCAAUA